GCCCCGCCCAGCCCAUGGGCCACGGGCCCCCGCCGCCGCCCGCCGGGAGGACCGAGCCUAAGAGGGCAGCCGCCUGAAGGAACGCGACGGCGGCGCCCGCAGCAAGCCACUAACAUGGGCUCUGCUGCUUCCAUCAGCCAACAGAAUCCUGGAUUUGAGUCUGUCCUUUGAAAGCACCUCUGCUAGAGUUCCGACUUCCAAACCCCUUUCAGCUCUUCGGGAUUCAGCCUCCAGUAUUUUUCAGUGCUGUACAAGCGUCUUGAAUUACUCUGGUAGCUUUUCCAGAAAGACCCAUGACUUCACCACAUUUCUCGAGUUACGAUGAAGGUCCUCUGGAUGUCAGCAUGGCAGCCACAAACCUGGAGAACCAGCUGCACAGCGCACAGAAGAACCUCCUGUUCCUUCAGCGGGAGCAUGCCAGCACGCUCAAGGGGCUGCACUCCGAGAUCAGGCGGCUGCAGCAGCACUGCACAGAUUUAACAUAUGAGCUGACAGUCAAAAGUUCGGAACAGACAGGAGACGGGACUUCUAGAAGCAGUGAAUUAAAGAAAAGAUGUGAAGAGCUGGAAGCCCAACUGAAAGUGAAAGAGAACGAAAAUGCUGAGUUGUUGAAAGAACUGGAGCAGAAAAACGCGAUGAUCACAGUGCUGGAGAACACCAUCAAGGAGCGGGAGAAGAAGUACCUGGAGGAGCUGAAGGCCAAGAGUCACAAGCUGACCCUGCUGUCUAGCGAGCUGGAGCAGCGGGCCAGCACCAUCGCCUACCUGACCUCCCAGCUGCACGCCGCCAAGAAGCAGCUCAUGAGCUCCAGCGGGACCUCAGAUGCCAGCCCGUCAGGGAGCCCCGUGCUGGCCAGCUACAAGCCAGCGCCCCCCAAAGACAAGCUACCCGAAACGCCUCGCCGCCGCAUGAAAAAGAGCCUCUCAGCCCCCUUGCACCCGGAAUUUGAAGAGGUCUACAGAUUCGGGGCAGAGAGCAGGAAACUCCUUUUGCGGGAACCAGUGGAUGCUAUGCCCGACCCCACCCCAUUUCUGCUGGCUAGGGAGUCCGCCGAGGUCCACCUCAUCAAAGAGAGGCCGCUUGUCAUCCCCCCCAUCGCCUCCGACCGAAGCAGCGAGCAGCACAGCCCGGCCCGCGAAAAGCCGCACAAGGCCCACGUCGGGGUGGCACAUCGGAUCCACCACGCCACCCCGCCGCAGGCCCAGCCCGAGGUGAAGACCCUGGCGGUCGACCAGGUGAACGGAGGCAAGGUGGUGAGGAAGCACUCAGGGACGGACAGAACUGUGUGAAGCCCGCCGUGCCCCACCCCGCGCUGUCCAUGCACUGUGAGCACCACUGGGAAAUCUCAGCCACACCUUUUCUGUUUAAUCCCAUGCAUGCCAAACAAACACUUUUCACACCUACCGACCCAUUCUCCUUCUGCUUCUCUUGCCCUUUUCUUCACACCAAAAUAUGAUCGUGUCCCUGCUGCAGAAUAUGUAUUUCCUAAUUGCUGUGGCCAAACGCCUGUGUGCCGAAUCGCUUGCUUCUGAUCCCGCUCCGUGUAACCUAAGUGCGCUGCAGGCAAAGCCCAGGCCACGGCUGCGUCACUACUGAUGUUCACGAUGCCACACAGUCACACACCUAAUUCAUUCUCAAGUCGGAGCAACACAUACCAACCUUGACCUUAUCCUCAAGCUCCAGGGCAGCCUGGCCGAGCAGCCCCUGCUCCCUCCUGGAGGCCCUUGUCACCUCCCGAGCUCCUCCUGGAGACCCGUCACCACCUGACCAACCUUUCCCAGGGCAGCACCGAUCACCGAGCAGCCGUGCGUGUAUCUCAAGGAAGUAAAUAAGAUGACGCUACUCCUCAUAGCACCACAACCUGAAUGUGUGUUCAUAUUUUUUUGUUAGUUUUAUCCAAAAUGUUUAAGAUCCCAACAAACUUUAUUUUCUAAACCUGC